GGCGCACCGACCCCGGCUGGAAACCAGCCCGCCGCCGCUCUCUCCCACGGAGGCGUGUCUGUCUGGCCCGAUGGGCGGCUGAGUAGCCCGAGGCGCUAUGGCUCCUGUCGGCUCUCGGAAGCGCUCUAGGAGUCGCAGCCGGUCCCGGGGGCGAGGGACGGGGAAAAGGAAGAAGAAAAGCAGCAAGCACGCCUCGAAGAGCCGCUCGCCUUCUAGAUCCCAAAGCCGCAAGGCCCGCGCCGCCUCCGGGGCCGAGGAGAGAAGCAAGCACAAGGCCCGGAGGAGACCGAGGUCCACUUCCUCCUCCUCUUCUUCCAGUUCCUCCAGUUCCUCCUCCUCCUCCGCUUCCUCCUCCUCCUCAUCCAGCGAUGGCCGGAAGAGGCGUAGGAAGCACAAGGACAAGAAGCGGAAGAAGAAGAAGAAAAGGAAGAAGAAGCUGAAGAAAAAGGACAAGGAGAGGGCCCAGCUGCAGCAGGCUGAGGCCCUGCCCGGGCCCUCGCUGGACCAGUGGCACCGAGGAGCCACAGCAGAAGAGGAUGGCCCAGUCCUGACUGACGAGCAGAAGUCCCGAGUCCAGGCCAUGAAGCCCAUGACCAAGGAGGAGUGGGAUGCCCGGCAGAGCGUCAUCCGAAAAGUGGUGGACCCCGAGACGGGACGCACCAGGCUCAUUAAGGGAGACGGCGAGGUCUUGGAGGAAAUCGUAACCAAAGAACGACACAGAGAGAUCAACAAGCAAGCCACCCGAGGGGAUGGCCUGGCCUUCCAGAUGCGAGCUGGGCUGCUGCCGUGAGGCCCCAGCUGGCUAAGGCUGGAAGGCCAGCCGCAGGGUGGCCAGUAGGACAUCCAGUGGGUGCCUUGCACCCUUCCUCCUGCGGUGGCCUCUUGCGCAGGUCACUGCCUGGCCGUUACCUCCCCCGAUCUGGAAGAGCCCCUGGUUCCCAAUAUUAAACUUGCCUUGGUUCCAGA